AACCCUUGCUUUCCAUACGGCAUCAGCAGCGCAGCUCUUCUAGGGUUUUGGUGUCAUCUCAGCAUAGCCGCCGCCGGAGCAAGAUCCAACAAUGGUUGCCGCCAAGAAGACCAAGAAGACUCAUGAGAGUAUCAACAAUAGGUUGGCUCUGGUGAUGAAGAGUGGCAAGUACACUCUUGGUUACAAGACCGUGCUCAAAUCGCUUCGCAGCUCCAAAGGUAAGUUGAUUCUCAUCUCCAACAAUUGCCCGCCGUUGAGAAAAUCUGAGAUUGAGUACUAUGCCAUGCUCGCAAAAGUUGGGGUUCACCACUACAACGGAAACAACGUUGAUUUGGGGACUGCUUGCGGCAAGUACUUCCGCGUGUCAUGCCUCAGCAUUGUCGAUCCAGGCGAUUCAGACAUCAUUAAGUCAUUGCCCGCCGACCACUGAGAGGAGACAGAUAGCUUUGCUCCAUUACUACCCUUAAUUUUCUUUAGAUUUCAUUUUAUUUUUGAGAUUUGAACUGGAAUUACUGUUUGGCAUAUGCCAUCGAAUGAGCAAUUUUGAUGGGGAAGCAGUUUGAACUCUAGUUGUGUUAAUUUACAGAAUACUGGUGGCUCUUCUAUUUAUUACUACUAUAUAGUAUUAUUACAUGUCAAGAUUAAAUUGCAACAAAUAAGGAUUAUUAUGUCAAA